GCUACUGAGAAAAUAACAGUCAGCUGCGCUGAGAGGUGGGCGGAGACGGCCGAGGACCCGGAGACUGCAGGGAGGGAGACGGCCGCAGGUGAUCAUGUGGAAGGCGCUGCUUCUUAUGUGCCACUUGUCGUUAGUGAGCCUUUUCUCUGUGAUCCAUGCCACAUGUGAUCUUCAACCUAUUACUGGUGAUGAUGCUACAUUUUGUGGUGAUGAUCUCCACGUUGUAUAUUCAGACAUGGGUGAUGUGUCCUGCACACAUAUUCCACUCUGUCAGAACUUUACCCGAGACCUGAUUAAGAAGUGGGGCUCCCCGGUGGUUACCUACUCAAACGCCCAGAAGGAUAAGCUUUAUCUCCUGAUGAUGGUCGACCCAGAUGCUCCCAGCAGAGAAAAUCCCAGUUUUAAGUACUGGAGACAUUGGUUGCUCGCUGACAUACAGGGACAGGAUCUUCUAUCUGGAAAAAGUCUUAAAGGAAGGGUGGUAACAGACUACAAAGGUCCCUCUCCUCCUGCAAGCACUGGAUAUCACAGAUAUGAAUUUCAUCUGUAUCUGCAGCCUCCAGGUUCCUUCCCUUCUCUGUCGCCAUCUGAGGAGGAAUCUCGUGGUAAAUUCGACCCUGAGGCAUUCUCGACGCGCUUCAGCUUAGGGAUACCAGUGGCCAGCACUCUGUUUAUGGUCCAGAAUCCCCAACAAAAGGAUCUCUAAAAUGUCCAAGCAGCGAUCACCUCUGCUCAGAUCAUUGCUGCUGUGUCCUUGCUGAAUAUUGCAGAUCACUGUGUAACAAACCUACUGCUCGUUUUACCCCGUAUACUUAUGUGUGUGAGGACUGUCGGGGGUCAGCAACCUCCGGCACUCCAGCUGUUGUGAAACUACAACUCCCAGCAUACUUCAUUCGCUUCUGUGUGAGUUCCGAGAACAGCCAAGCAGGUACGCAUGCUGGGAGUUGUAGUUUGACCGCAGCUGGAGUGCUGGAGGUUGCUGAUACCUGGUCUAUCUAAUAGGAAAGAUGUACUUGUAAUGCAGCGUGCUCCAGUUUAUGUGAUUAGCAUAGUUGUGGACGCUUCGGUGUAUUCAUGGACAGUAGAUCAUCUCAAAUAAAAUGAAAUGUUUG